UUUGGAAAUUCCUUCCAAAAUUGUGGCAAAAAUGGCCAUUCCCAAUUCUCCAGAAUGGUCAUUAGCUUCAAUCAAUCAUAUGAAAUCAUCCCGCAAUCCCAUUCCAAUUUCCAUUUUCUCAGAACCCUUUAAAGGCCAUCCCAUUUUUUCCCUCCUGUGUUUGAAUUCCAGAGCUUUAAUAGCAAAGUCUUCAAGUUGUUCAUCAGUACCAGUCUUGGAAGAUGCUUCGUCCACCACUUCACCAGUAAUUCAGUUGGACCUGAAGCUACAAGAUCUUGAUGAUCAAGUUUCCAGCUUACCUGAAACAGAGGAUUUGAAUGGUCUUAUCUGUGCUUUGUUUGAGGAUUCCAGAACUGAGGAAUUAGCUUAUGAUUACUAUGAAAGAGCUAAGCACAAGCCAGAUUUUAGACCAAAGAUGACCCUCAAGCUUGUUAUCAGGUACUUAAUUAAUUCAAGAAACUGGGGUCUGUUAUAUUCACUGUGUGAAGAUUUUAAAAGUUUCCAAGUCUUGCCUGAUGGUUCUACAUGUUAUAGAUUAAUUAGUAGCUGCAGUAGAGCUAGAAAAUUCAAACUUGUAAAUACUUUGCUUGGAAUUUUCUCAGCUGAUGAAAGUAUUGCUUUUUUGGCUUUUGAUGCUGCCAUGAAAGGCUACAAUAAGUUGCAUAUGUAUAGCAGUUCGAUUUCAUUGUACGAGCGUAUGAAAUCGAAUGGCAUUGUUUUAGAUUCAGGCUGUUAUUUCCAUAUAAUGGAAGCCUACAUGAAAAUUGGAAGAUAUGAGAACGCUGUUUCACUGUUUGAAGAGUUUGAAACAAAAGACUUUGGUUCUACCCCAUUUACUCCGAAGAUUUACUGGAUUUUGUGUGAAUCACUGGGGAAACUAAGACGGCCUUUUGAAGCUCUUGAGUAUUUUAGAGAAAUGACAAAAAGAGGUAUUCUGGAGAAUCAUUUAUUUUACUCCUCUCUGAUUUCUUCAUUUCUUAGCAUGCGAGAAGUGAAAAUGGCUGAAGAGCUUUUAGAGGAAGCUGAGAGUAAGAAAAUGCUGAGGGAUCCAGCUUUGUUCUUGAAACUUGUAUUGAUGUACAUUGAAGAAGGAUUGGUAGAAAGAACUCUUGAUGUUGUUAAGAUGAUGAAUCGCGUUAGCAUCAGAGUUUCUGAUUGCAUCCUCUGUGCAAUAGUUAAUGGCUUCUCUAAAAGAAGAGGGCUCAAUGCUGCAGUUAAGGUAUAUGAAGAUCUUAUAUUGCAGGGCUGGGAACCUGGUCAAGUGACCUAUGCUUCAAUCCAGAAUAUCUAUUUCCGGCUUGGACAAUAUUUCAAAGCUGAGAUGAUAUUCUCCGAGAUGGAGGAAAAGGGAUUUGAUAAAUGUGUUGUGGCCUAUGCUAGCAUGGUUGCUAUGUAUGGGAAAACUGGCAGGGUGGGAGAUGCAAUGAGGCUUGUGGCCAAAAUGAAGGAAAGAGGCUGUGAGCCUAAUGUUUGGAUCUACAAUUCUCUCCUAGACAUGCAUGGAAGGGGCUUGAACUUGAGGCAAGUCGAGAAAAUUUGGAAGGAGAUGAACAGAAGAAAGGUAUUGCCUGAUAAGGUUAGUUACACUAGUGUUAUAAGUGCAUAUAGCAGGGCAAGGGAGUUUGAAACAUGUAUGAGAUAUUACCAAGAGUUCAGGCUUAAUGGGGGAGCAAUUGAUAGAGCAAUGGCUGCUAUCAUGGUUGCAGUCUUCUCUAAGUUGAAUAGAGCUGAUGAAUUGGUUAAGCUUUUGCAGGAUAUGAAGACAGAAGGCACCAAAUUAGAUGUCAGACUAUAUAGGUCAGCUUUGAAUGCUUUAAGGGAUGCUGGGCUGCAUGUCCAAGCAAAAUGGUUGCAGGAAAGUUUUGGCAAAACUUAGGUUUCAGGCUAGAAAACCAGAAGCCACAGAAUUUCUGCAAGGUAAAAAUGGACAUAAGAUUCAACUUUCCAAGAGGAGUACUGGCCAAGGUGCAGUAAUACUGUACAAGUUGAUUCUGUAAUUAACUGAUUCCUUCUGAAUAUCAUCUGAUACUGAUUGUCAUCAGAAAAGCAAUUCAAGUUGAAGGAUGACAAUGAUCCCAUGAUUUCUACUCCUCCAGACUAUGGAGGAGUCUUCCUCAUUUCAUUCCACUGAUACAGAAGCAAACAAAGGAGUUGAGUGCCCGAGCAAAGCAAACAAGUUUUAGUGCAUUUAUCAGAAUACCACAAAAGCAAACAAACUUUGGUGCAUUUACUUAGAUAUUUGAUUGCCUGAACGUGAAGCAAAUGACAAAACAAAGAAGUCGACCGAGUAGCCAUAUAAUUUGUCCUACUUACAUAGAACUAUGCAUGUAGAUGUUUCAUAAAUGUAUCUAAUACAGAUUAUCCGCUCA